AAAGUUUAUACACGUUUAAAGGUUAAUAAAUAAAACAACACGUUAUUUGAAUGUAUUUUUAUUCUUAAGCAUAAAUAAAUUGGAAAAAUUCCGGGAUAUGAGAUAAAAAAAGUGUAGAUAAAAUACGUCGUCAUAUUGUUUAGUAAACAUGUUGUAUUGCAAGGGAAACCUUACAUUAAAAACUUAAUCGACCAGUUUUAAAGAAAACAGUGUUAUGUGUUUCGAAAAUGGCCGGCUGGUUUACUUAUUUGGAAUACUCUUUUUAUUUGUCUAUGUUGUGCCUUAUGGUGCCUUUCAACGUUGAAAAAGAAGACGCUGAUUUUUCGGAGUACAUAAAGAAGUUUAACAAGAGUUAUGACAAUGAGACUGUGUUUAAUUUAAGAUUAGAAGCUUUUAAGAAUUCUUUAAAUAGUAUAAAUAUGAUGAACAGAAAUAGAACUAAUAAUUCCGCCUAUUACGGUUUAACGAAAUUCUCGGACUUAUUACCGGAAGAAUUUCUCAGUAGGCACUUAUCGCAAAUAGCACAGAACACGAUAAAUUUGGACGAUGACUUCAGCGAAUCAAAACAUUACAGCAAAAGAUCCGCAAGGCGAAUACCGAGUAAAGUGGAUUGGAGGGUACAAAACGUAACCACCAAAAUAAAAAAUCAACAUAAAUGUGGAGCCUGCUGGGCCUUCUCCAUCAUAGCAACAGUUGAAUCGAUGUAUGCGAUAAAACAUGGAAAAUUGUUGGAUUUGAGUGUCCAACAGAUGAUUGAUUGUUCAACUUUAAACAAGGGUUGCGAUGGCGGCGAUUUGUGCCGAUUGUUACAGUGGAUAAAGGCGAAUAAUAUUAGGAUUGAAGGGGAUGAUUUGUACCCUCUUAGAUUACAAAAUAUGCAGUGUAUCACCAAUGCAAGUCUGGGUAUUGUGGAUGUUGAAGAUUACAGUUGUGCUCAUUAUUCAACAUUUUAGGUUCAUAGGUAACGAAGACGUUAUGUUGGAUUUGAUAGCCCGUCUAGGCCCUAUAACAGUGGCUGUCAACGCCAAAACAUGGCAAAAUUAUGCUGGCGGGAUAAUUCAAUAUCACUGCGACGAUAACCCGCUAAAUUUGAAUCACGCGGUGCAACUGGUGGGGUACGAUUUGACUGCCGAUGUACCCCAUUAUAUCGCCAGGAAUUCUUGGGGGGAGGAUUUUGGAGACGGGGGGUACUUGUACAUUGCCUAUGGCGGGAACGUAUGUGGGGUAGCUAACGAGGUGGCAGCUUUAAAAGUAUUGUGAUCUUUUUUUUUUAAUAAAUGAUUUUUUAAGUUUUAUAUUCACCAUUUUUGCAUCUUUACAAAAUCAAAGAGAUGGCGCUAGCAGUAGUAAAACAAAAUAUACAUAUGGGUGGUUUUCAGUAUCCUAUAAGAUUCUGAUUUAAUUUUGAAAAAAUCUUGGUCAAAUAUGCCAGAAUGAUGAAGAAAGUGAUUUAUGUGCAUAAAAAUAAAACUUGGAAGGGUUUUAAAUAAAAAAUAAACAAAUUUUUAACAUGACCGUCGCAUUCUUUUUUUUUUUUUCAUGUGUCAAAGUCCUACGGUCAUGUGAAGAAAACGUCGGGGCAACGUUCAGUUAUUAUUUUUAGCCAAUUUUAUAACAAAAAACUCAGUAUCAUUUUCUUUGGCUACUUAAAAGUUGAAUUAAAUUUA